GGCGCAGCGGCUUUGCCACCAGAGCCGGACGACGCAGCGUCAGAGGCGGCAUCGGGCUCCGAGGAGCGCGGCGACGAGAUUGGUUCCGAGCUCGGCGUCAAACAGGAUGAGCUUGAGAGUGCCAAGCGUGAGCUUGAGGAGGAAGAGGCUCCACCGCAGGGCGCGGUAGCCAAGGUUGAGAAUGAGGAGCGCUCGCCCGAGGCGGCAGCGCCGCAGGAUCAGGCGAAGGGCCAGUCGACUUACCAGUGCGACGCGUGCAACACGAACGGGGUGCGCCUUUCUCGGAGGUUCGGACAGUGGCCGCCAAAGUGUUUCGCCAAAAUGAAGAGUGAGUUCAAGCAGCAGUUCUACAAGGAUCUGGCAGAAGAUCCUGGGCUGUCGAACCUCGAUCGCAUUGAAGCCUUCGUGGUCAGCUCAAUCACUGUCCAACGGAUGGAGGAGGAGCGCGUCCGCAAGGGUGGCAAGUACCUUCCGCUGAGGAAGUGGGCGCACGACGGCUUCGACGCGAAAAAGAUUGAAGAUAAUGUGCAGGAUAAGAGGUGGAACCCUGAUCUCGGGGAGUGGACGUACAGGCCGCAAUUGGAGGCGGCCUGGAGCGAGACAGUGGAGGCCGCAGUGCGCAACGAGCUGUACACCGAUAAGAGGACGCAGGCGAAGCAGAGCGGCCCGCGGGCAGCGGCCUCGACGGGCGUCGCAGAGCACGGCGGCGACAAGGGCGACAGAAGCGACGAGAGCGACAUGUCCAGAUCCAGGAGCCGCUCGCGCGGCGACCGCGACAGGAGCAAGAGCCGCCGCAAGGGCAGGAGCAAGAGCCGCGGCAAGAGCAAGGACAGGAGCAAGAGCAGGGAUAAGGACGCUGAGAAGGAGCGGAGGCGACAGGAAGCGAGGGAGAAGGCCGAGCAGGCCAAGAAGGAGACGCAGGAGAAAAACCUGGCGCUGAAGUGGAUCGGCACCGCAACGAGGCUCGAGACAGAGCUGGACGGGUACCUCGAGCAUGAGAAGGCGGACAAGGUGCCGUCAUGGGCUGUGAAGAACGCGAAGGCGGCGAGGAAGUCUGUGGCAGUCAUGAAGGCGGUGGCGCAGAAGCGCGUGCACAGCGGCGUGGCGUUGACGAUCACGCAGGACGAGGCCAUCAGCAUCCAGAAGGAUGCGAGCUCGGCGGCGAGGGCCAUCGCGGGGAUGCUCAAGGAGGCGCAGAAGCACAGCACCU